AAAAAAUUCUUUAUAAUUAUUAUUAUAUUUUUAUUUCCUGCUUCAAAGUUUCAUUGACACGUGUUCAAGUGUCAAAUUUUCAAGAGAUAAUCAUCAUUAAUAAGACAAUAUGCUGAAAAUUUUGAUGAUUAUUGUCAUUAUGACAAUUGUCUUGGAGACAAAUGGUGAGCCAGAUGCAAUGGCAAGACCAACACGACCAAAAGUAUUUACAAAUCUUAAUGAGUUACAAAAAUAUCUUGAGCUUGUUAAAGAUUAUUAUUCAAUAAGUGGAAAAGCAAGAUAUGGAAAAAGAGCCGGUGAUGAAUCAAUGAUUCCUGAUGAUUAUCGUCAGAUACUCGUGAGAAAUAAUAAUAUUGAACUAUCUGAUAAUGAAUACAAAGUCCAAAAUAUAAAUAAAUUGAUAAGACAAGUAAUGACGCAAUUGAAAUCAACUGGUAAUUUACAAAAUAGAUUUACACCUAAAAACGAUAUAUAUAUUUAA